UUCACGGUCCUUAACAUGUGCUGCGAUCGCAGCAGGCCGGCAGCACAAUCUUUCCUUUUGCGCCAGUAGUUCUUAAUAUUCCUUCUAUCAUGUCCAGCGGAGAGAGUGGUGUCGUUCGCGGCAGCGGCGAUUCGGUCAAGCAAGCCAUCAUCGAGGAGCUGCAAAAUUUGCUCAGCUCCGACACGGUUGUGCUGCAACAGGCGGAAAAGCGAAACAAGCAGCUGCAAUAUACUGAAGGGUAUGGCGUUUAUUUGGCAGAAAUAAUUAUGAAUCAAUCUCAUGAGCUGCCGCUGCGUCAAAUUGCUAUCAUUAUGCUUACACGUUACGUGGAAAACCACUGGACAGAUCUCGAUGACCCCGAGAAGGCAAGUGGCGGUGUAGCCAGUGAGCAAGCAAAACGCACAAUUCGCAACAUACUACCCAAUGGGCUCUACGAUCCCAAUUCGAAAAUACGCUCCUCUGUGGCCCAUACAAUAUCAACAAUAGCUGCCACCGAUUAUCCCCACUGCUGGGCAGAACUCUUUGAUAUAAUUGUAAAGUGUCUGAGCGGCAAUGAAGAUUCGAUUCAUGGAGCAAUGCAAGUGUUACGCGAUUUCAUAUACGAUGUGGCACAAAUCAAGGAACUGGGACCAGUUGUCAUACCGGAGGUGUAUCGCAUAUUCGACUCUGAGCAGAAUUAUUCAAUCAAGACGCGCGUUUCAGCUAUACGCACAUUGAAACAGCUUUUUAUGUCCAUUUUAACCUUGAUUACUGACAAACAGGAGCAGAGUUCCAUGAUGAAUUCCAUACUCACCAAUUUCAUGGAUAAGUUGUUGCAUUAUCUAAGCAUGAAUUGCGGUGCUGGAUCGAGUUUCUUGCUGCGCUCCGAGAUUAUCAAAGUGUUUACAUAUCUGGUGAACGAAAUGCCCAAGUAUAUAAAUCCGUUUAUGGAACGCAUUUUGCCAAUUGUCUGGCAGCUACUUACACAGAUUGCCGAAACCUACGUCAAGGUGUCCGUUAAUCAGACGGAACCGAAUCCGCUGGCCAGCGGAACCAAUGAAGAGGAUGACGAGCAGACCAACUUUCAAACAUUGAUCAUACAAAUUCUGGAAUUCAUCAACUGCAUUGUGACCUGCAGCAAACUUCGCGGCACCAUUAAGAAUGUGCUCGCUGAUUUGAUCUACAUCACCAUUGUUUACAUACAACUCAGUCAAGAGCAGCUCGAAGAUUGGGAAGAAGAUCCCGAGAAGUUUGUGGACGACGAAGACGACGGUGGCGUAGAACUAACUGUUCGCAUGUGUGGCCGCGAUGUAUUGCUGGCCAUUAACGAUGAGUUUGGUGUGAAAGCAAUUCAGCCGUUGCAGGAAGCGUUGGGGCGACACUUUAGUGUGGCAGAGGCAGAGAAAGCGGCCAACAAUCCCAACUGGUGGAAGAUACACGAAGCGUGUAUGGAUGCUGUACAUGGCUUUCGCGAUAUUAUACUCGAGGGCGAUUCCAAGUUUGAUUUACUCAACUAUUUAACGAUUGUGCGCAAUUUACUGGUGCAUCAGGAAUCGCCGCAUCUCGUUGGUCAUGCGCUGUGGACGCUCAGUACAUACUCUAAAACUGACUUGUACAAUCCGCAGAUGUUGUCAGAGAUUCUUGACGUUACGCUCUGCAGCUUGUCUCCAGAGAAAUCGCAUAUACUGCGCAUUAGCGCUGUACGAUCUCUAAACGGUUUUCUCUCCGCCAACGAGAACGCUGAGGGAGAGCGACGCACAUUGCUGGUAUCGAAGCUUCCAGGAUUUCUGGAUGGCAUAAUGGCUCUCGUGCCAGGCUGCAAGGCCACUGUAUUGGCCCUAUUAAUGGAAGCACUCACCAUGAUGGUGAAGUUUGAUGCUGAUUUUGCGUACGCGGCACAACCAAAGAUCACGCCGCUUACCAUUGCUGCAUUCCUCAAGUAUGCCGAGGAUCCAUAUGUGCUGGAGAAUGUUCAAGAUUUGAUUAAGGCGCUGAGUCAGCAGAAACAAUGUCUUGGGCCACUACAGGAGAAGUUUAUACCGACCAUAGUAAGCAUUCUAGCCCUGCAGAGCGAGCAAUGCAGCGAGAAACAAGACAUUGCUUUGGAUGUGCUGAAUACGAUUGUUAGGAACUCCGAAGCGCCAUUGCCCAAUGCACUGAUUGAGACAGCAUUUCCUGCUGUGGUUAACUGCGUGAUGCAUACCGACGAUCACACAGUUAUGGUGGCUGGUGGCGAAUGCUUGCGUAGCUUUAUCAACGUUUCGCCAGAGCAAAUCUUCAGUUACAAGAAUGGGGAAGGCGUCAACUAUGUGAUGCAAGUGGCCACAGUUCUUUUGAAUCCCAUGAAUACCGAAAUGACUGCCGGUGGACAGAUUGGACGUCUUGUUAUUACCAUCAUUACCAAAAUGGGCAAUAUGCUGGGCCAAACGGUUGACAUGUUACUGAAGGCCGUCAUUAGCAAGAUGCAGAACCUCGAGUGCCUAAAAGUUAUUAUGAAUUUGGUGCUGAUAUUCGCUCAUCUCUUCUUAACCCAAAUGGACGCGGUGCUAAACUUUCUUUCCACUGUGCCUGGACCCAAUGGUGAGCCUGCUCUGCAGUUUGUGCUCACCAAUUGGUUGUCACGCCAAAACUCCUUCUUUGGUGCCUACGAACGCAAGGUCACCACGAUGGCACUUUGCAAACUGUUCGAGUAUGGCGUGGCUACCCAGGACAAUCGCUUGACCUCCAUCACCUACAAGGAGUUGGUGCAGGAGCCAAGUGGCAAUCGUGUGUGUACCCGCUCAGUUGCAUCCAACUAUCAGAAAUGGGUUACCAUUCCAGCCUUGGUGAAGAUCUUUAAGGUGCUGAUAUCCGAGUAUCAGCACUUCCAAGAAAGUAAAAUUGAUGCCCCGCUUACGGACUCAGAGGAUGAAGUCAGUGGGGAUGAUGAUGCUCCUGGUACUGCGGCCAAGCCGCGCUUUGUAUCAGAUCUUUGCUUUGAAAUCGACGAAGACGAAGUGGAGGACGAACAAAUACUACAGGACCUGCUCAAGGAAUCAAACUACUCCAGCGAUAUUGGCGAUAAUCUACACAAAUUUUUAGUGAACUUCACCCAAAACGAACAUUUUCCCACGUUCUUUGAACAUCUCGACGAGGGCGAACGUCUCACUCUGUUGAACAAAGUGCAACACAAAUAAAAACAAAAUAAAAAGCAAAACAAUCAUCAAUUGCAUGUAAGUGAAAUCAUGCCUAGAACCGCAUUGUGUUAAUCGUAUUUAAUUUGUAUCUUAUCAUAUUAAUAAAAGCACAUUUCUAUAUUUGUAGGCAAAAG